CCGAUUUACGGUCAGACCCAAAACCGGUAAGCCCCAUUCUCGUGGGUCUAGGGUUCCAGUCGCAGCCUCCACAGUUCUUUAGCAUCACAACCUAUUUACUUAUUCACGGCCUCCACGUUACAACCUGAUGCCACCAUCGGAGGCGCCACAUGGUCAUCCACCCACUGCCAAAAGCAACCACCCUAGCACCGCCCAAAACCUCCCCGAAACCCAGCCACGUUGAAGUCCCACAUACGGCAAGUCCACGCCCUCCCUCUUUUUCUGUUCUCCAAGGUUUGCAUCGCACGAAGUCAACAACCGCCUUCCUCUCCGUUGCUUCUCUGCUGCCUUCAUUGCAAUGCCCCAAGUCACCGUUGCAUUUCAAACAGCCCGUAUUUUUACACUGCAAAACAGAUUGUUGUCGUCUCUGGAUGCCACCCAUGUGAGACUCUGAAGACCAGGCAACCGACAGGACUAAUGACGGAAGGCUCAACCCGAGACACCGCUGCACCAGAGCACGCACGGUUGCCUGGUUGGCUAUGAACCACGCCGCCUCCCCUUGCAUUGCAACGCCUCACUGUUUGUGCCACCCUAAGUCAGUGGUUGCACCAGCCUUCAACUUCACACAUGGGAAACGGGAAAGAACACCCAUCAACACGAAUAUCAUCUAGCUCAAAUCUCCCAACUGCGCAGAAUGCUGAUUACCCAUUUAAACAUGGCAUGGAACCUUCGAGUCAUCCGAUCAAUACAAGCUCCACUACGAGCGGAAUAGUUGGUACAGAGGAUAAUACACCCAAUUAUAAGGAAGCUGAAGCGCCAUGUACAUCCUCUAAUGUUGAAGAAAGUAAUGAGGAUAGACCAAAUUCACGGGAAACCAAGAAUGGCAGUGCCGGGACAUCUCAGUUUGUGCAAAUGGAUGGUGGUGAUAUGAUUGAGGAGCCAAAGUCGGGGAUGGAGUUUAAUUCUCUUGAAAAUUUAAUGAGUUAUUAUAAGCAAUAUGCUAAGAAAUGCGGGUUUGGGGUGAUGACAAGAAGGAGUGAGAGGGGAGAAGAUGAGACUGUUAGAUAUGUCACUCUUGGUUGCGCUCGUGGUGGGAAGGCUCGGAAUAGGACUUUGAAUGUUGUCAAACCACGUCCUACAAGAAAGACGGAUUGUAAGGCAAAAAUUAAUGCCUUAAAAGUUGAGGGAAAGUUUCGAUUGACUACAGUUUAUAAUAUCCAUAACCACGACCUCAGUCUAAAGAAAUCUCGCUUCUUUCGAUGUAAUAGAGAAGUGAGUGACUCCGUAAAAAGAGUCCUAGAUACAAACGAUUUGGCUGGCAUCCGAAUGAAUAGGAGCUUCGGAUCUCUUGUCGUUGACGUGGGUGGAACUGAGAACCUUCCGUUUUUGAAAAAUGAUUGUCUUAAUUAUAUCGACAAUGCAAGACAUCUACGACUUGGGAAAGGUGGUGCUGGAGCACUUCGAGAGUAUUUUUGUAAGAUGCAGUACAAAAAUUUUGGAUUUUUUGUAUUGAUGGAUUUUAAUGAUGACGGGAGGUUAAAGAAUGUCUUUUGGGCAGACCCUCGUAGUAGGGCAGCCUAUCAAUAUUUCGGUGAUGUGGUCACAUUCGACACCACUUAUCUGACAAAUAGAUAUGAGAUGCCCUUUGCACUAUUUGUAGGUGUAAACCACCAUGGGCAAUCAAUUCUGUUGGGAGCAGGAUUGAUUUCCAAUGAGGAUACAGAGACCUUUGUGUGGUUAUUCCAGACCUGGUUGCAGUGUAUGGAUGGUAUAGCUCCGAAAGCUAUUAUCACUGAUUACAACAGAGCGAUGAAAAAUGCAAUUUCUAUUGUCUUUCCAGAAAGCCGACAUAGAUUUUGCUUGUGGCAUAUACUGAACAAAGUUUUCGAAAAACUUAACUCUCAUGGUUCCUACAAAAAUGGGCUGAAAAAUGCAUUGAUGAAAUGUGUGUAUGACACCCAAAGUGUUGAAGAGUUUGAAAAAUGUUGGGAUCAGUUAAUCACCACAUAUAACUUGCAUGAGAAUGCGUGGUUGCAAAGCUUAUACGUUGAGCGUGAGCAUUGGGUACCAGCAUUCUUAAAAUCAUUUUUUUGGGCUGGAAUAAGUACAAUGCAGCAGAGCAAGAGCAUGGAUGCCUUUUUAUAUGGUUAUGUUCAUGCCAAGGCAAACUUGAAAGAGUUUAUCGACCAGUUUGACAACGUGUUGAAAAAAAAAAUUGAGAAUGAAAAUAGCGCGGACUUUCACUCAUUUAACGAUACAAUUCCUUGCAUAUCUAAAUCUCCACUUGAAAAGAGAUUUCAAGAUUUGUACACGAAUGCUAAAUUUAGAGAAGUUCAGCAGCAACUUACCGGCAUUAUCGAUAUGGAUCCAGCUUUACUUAAGAGGGAUGGUGCAGUAAAGACCUAUCUGGUAGAUGAUGAAAUUUGUGUGGAAGAGUUCACUAAACUAGUUACACAUUAUGUAGAUUUUAGUGAGGAAGAUACAACUGCAAAGUGUUCAUGUGGGUUAUUUCAGAUGAGUGGAAUAUUGUGUAGCCACAUUUUGGCUAUAUUCAAAUGUAACGGGAUAAAAUCUUUGCCAGAUAUGUACAUUUUAGAUCGAUGGAGGAAGGACAUCAAAAGGAGAUACACGUUAAUCCACAGUAGCUAUGACACAGAGGAUCACCGGGCAGAUGCUAACAGAUAUUCAAGUCUAUUGAAUGUCUGUUAUCAGAUGAUUACUCAUGCAGCAGGUUCGAAAGAGCAUACUGAGGAUGCAACUAAUAAGUUAUAUGCAAUGAUUGACUUAUAUCGUGACAACCAAGGACCCCCAUCGAGGACUCUAAUAGGUUUUAAUGUUGGUUGUACGACAAAGGACACAACUACAGUUGGUAGUUCAAAACAAGUACUCAAUCCACUUGUUGUGAGAGGGAAAGACUGACCCCCAUCUCUGAGGUGAGCAUUCAGGAUAGAAAAAGACAUGCAGAAAGUUAAAGCAAAGACGAAGAAAGCACCAGUAAAGGGGAAAUGCAAACAGCGAGAUGGAGGAGAUACACCAGUGGUUGCCACUUGUAGGAAUUUAUUUGGCCCUUCAGAGAUGAAUAUGUCCAAUGUUGGACAAGUGCAGGCUGUUCCAGAAAGCAUAGCUUUUGACAUUUUGAUUGAGAGUCAAGAAAGUAUACAAUUUGGGUUGGAUGGAUUACAAUCGGUGCACUUUGGGUUGGAUGGAUCACAACCGCUGUAAUGAUAUGAUUCAAUUUGUGUAUUGAUGUUUUUUAGGGACAUUUUGGCCAUAUUGAAUAUUUGUGUAUUGAAUGUAUUCCAGGGGAUUUUUGUUUAUUGAAUGUUUUUUACGGA